AUGGCACAGUGGUCCAUCAAUGUCGCCAUAAUGUCUGAACCGUACAUCUCAGACUUGAGGACCGUAUCUCAAAGACAAAAUUGGAUUGUGGAUAGGGAAGGCCUCGCGGCCGUUAUACUCGACAAUGACCGGGUGGCACUUUCAGGACCGCACCGAAAGGGUCGCGGCUGUGUCGCCGUCCGAGUCUCAGAGAAUCUUGUCGUAAUAAGCGCCUACUGUUCUCCAAAUAAGACGCUCAUCGAGUUCGAGCGGUUCCUAGUCGAGAUAGGCGCACUGGUCGAUUGGGCCCGCCCCCACGACAUAAUCGUCGCCGGUGACUUUAACGCGAAGUCGGCUGCGUGGGGGACGCUGGAUGACCGUGGACGAGGACGGGCCCUGUUACGAUGGGCCGCAAUGUAUAAUUUGACUGUGCUAAACAAAGGCUCCGAGCACACGUGCGUACGCAGAGCGGGAGGCUCCAUCGUUGAUGUCACUUUUGCAAGUUCCUGUCUUGCUCGUCGCGUGGAAGAUUGGGAGGUUAUGACAAAGGUAAAAACAUUGUCGGACCACAGAUACAUCCAUUUCCGAAUCCCUCCAUUAUCGUGUAUCGCUCCAGCUAGACAGGAUCUCAUUCCGUCGGAGAUCGGCCCUAGAUGGUCGCUGAGGUCGUUGGAUAGAGUCGUGUUCGAGGAGGCGACAAUAGUUAAGUCUUGGUGUUCCGGCCCGAUUAGGAAUACUGAUAUCGAAAAUGAGGUUCGGUGGUAUACGAGAGUGUUAGCGGACCUUUCAGAUGUGUCUAUGAGCCGCGUACGAGUUUUGAGGCCGAGGAAUGGGGUUUACUGGUGGUCCGACGAACUGGCUGUUCUUCGAUCUUUCUGUGUGAGGUCACGAAGGGUAUUUACGCGGUAUAGGCGUCGACCACAAACACGUCGCAGUCAGGACGAAGAGGAGCGGCUGUACGUAGCUUAUCAGGCUGCAAAAAGGGAUCUGAGGGUGGCAAUGGCAAGGGCCAAGGAAGAAGCUUGGAAUGGGUUCCUUAAUACGUUGCAAGAAGACCCCUGGGGCCGUCCCUUUCGACUUGUAAUGAGCAAAUUGCGACCCCGGGCGCCGCCACUGACGUCCAGCAUGCAACCUUCGCUUCUCGACUCAGUGGUGGCCACUUUGUUUCCAGGUGGAAAUGGGCGAACACCUGCACAAGCGCACCCGUGCUCGAUUCCAGGCGAAGAGUCGAUGCGCGUGACGCGCGAGGAAUUGGAUGCAGCAUUGGCAAAGGUCGUGGCCAAGAACACAGCCCCAGGCCCUGACGGCCUUCAUGGAAGGGUGUGGGCUCUCGCCCUUAAAGACGAGGAAAUGGCUUGGAGGUUCUGCGGCUUGUUGACGCGGAUCAUGCAGAAGGGAGAGUUUCCUUCUGCCUGGAAGACUGGGAAAUUAGUGCUGAUUAAGAAACCCGGCAAAGCAGAAACAUCUCCCUCUGCUUACCGCCCAAUUGUAUUGCUGGAUGAGAGUGGCAAAAUUCUGGAGCGGAUCAUGGCCAAAAGGAUAAAUACACACCUGGAAACUAUCGGACCAGAUCUGCACAGUGCCCAGUUUGGAUUCCGGCGUUCGCGGUCAACUGUGGAUGCAAUCGCAGAGGUCCGAGAAAUAAGCGAGGAGACCACAGGGCAGGGUGGUGUUGCAAUGGCGGUAUCCCUUGACAUUGCCAACGCCUUCAACACCAUUCCUCACGAGGCUAUUCUGCGAGGUUUAGUGCAUCAUGGAAUACCAUUAUAUCUCCGGAGGCUUGUAGAGUCGUACCUCCUUAAUCGUAGAAUUGUGUUUCCUGGUAGGGAUGCUUGGAGAUGCUACCGAGUCACAUGCGGUGUGCCACAGGGUUCUGUUCUCGGGCCUCUGCUGUGGAACAUAGGCUAUAAUUGUAUUCUUCAAGCAUCGUUGCCCUUAGGUGUUCGGGUCAUCUGUUACGCUGAUGAUACCUUGGUUGUGGCAUCUGGUGGUACCUACGUCGAGGCGAGUCGUCGAGUUACUGCUGGGGUAGCUCAAGUCGUAGCGCAGAUAAGACGCCUCGGCCUGCGUGUCGCACUGGAGAAGUCCGAAGCGAUCUGUUUUCACGGCCCGAGGCGAGCGCCUCCAGCGGGAGCGAACAUCGUCGUUGCAGGAGUGUCCAUCGAGGUAGGAAAGUCCUUGAAGUAUUUGGGCCUGGUACUUGAUUCCCGGUGGACAUUUCGAUCGCACUUCGCGGCACUUGCCCCAAAGCUCACCGCCACGUCACUGGCUCUCAGCCGGAUUAUGCCGAAUCUAGGCGGGCCGAGUGAGGGGUGUCGCCAACUCUAUUCCUGCGUUGUUAAAUCCCAAGCACUGUACGGGUGCCCAGUAUGGGCUGACAAGUUGUCCCGGAAAAACAAACAACUUCUCAGGCGAGCCCAAAAAUCAAUUUUGAUCAGGGUUGCGCGGGCGUAUCGCACGGUGUCAUACGAUGCCGUGUGUUUGAUCGCAGGUUCCGCGCCCUGGCACCUCGAGGCUACCGCUCUAGCUGAUGUCUAUUGGCGCAGGGCUGAUGCGCGUGAAGCGGGGGCUGAACCAGCCACUGAGACCAUACGCUCCUGGCGCCUGGACGCCUGCCAGCGCGUGAUACUGGACUGGAGGGCCGAGUUGGACGGUGCACAAAUGGGAAGGUACACGGUAAGUGCGAUCUUGCCCGUCCUGAACGAGUGGCUGGAGAGGAAGCGUGGUUCUUUGACUUUUCGCCUGGUGCAGGUCAUAUCGGGACACGGCUGUUUUGGCAAAUACCUUCACCGCAUCAGAAGGGAACCGACCUCUGCGUGUUUUUUUUUUGCACCUAAUAGGCCUACCUUCCCCGGCUACUUUAUCGCCGGGGGCGUUGUCUAA